AUGUGCUUACGGAGAGUUCCGGACUAUAUCCGAGCAGAAGAAAACUGGCGCAAAAGCAUCGACGAAGAUGACGACACAGACGUCUCUGCUGAGGUCUACGAGGAACUAGAGGAUCUCGGCUCGAUUCAAGGACAUGGAUGGCCAGGCUUGCGCGAAGCAGUAAUUGCACAUGGUGUCAGUCUUGUCCAUGAGAUUAUUAGAGAAAAGCUUGUAGCAACAGAGACCAGGGCAGAACUUGCAAGGAUACCUGCCAAAUAUGGUCUGCACAAAACGUCGGAAGACCUGCUCCUUGCUUACGCCCAAUCUUUGCCGCUCAAACGCCCUCUUGGUGUGGACUCUCGUCUAUUCAAUGGGUGUCUUUCAAGCCUGACGAUGAUACAACCAGCCGACGCCCAGAAUGAGACGUUUAUUCGCCUUCUUGAUACGCUAUUUUCUUCUGGUCGCUUGAAGAUUUCAUGGUUUGCGACCCGGGAUGUGGUCAGCCUGUCGAGUGGCAUGAUUAGAGCGCUAGCUUCACAAUCUGGAGAUUUUGGUCAUAUUCUGCAUUUCCUCCAGGGCCGCAUCUCUCAGGUCUCAGGAGCAGAAUUGGUACAGAAAGACGUGAAAAGACAGGAGCCAGAGGGUAACCUGGAUGUUUGGAUGAAACUGGAGAUGUCACUCAGCAAUACCACAGUCAGCAUCGUUACUGUGCUCACGGCGAUCGUCUUGAUAGAGCGCAACACACACGAUCCUAAUGACAGCUCGGAAAGAUGCACCGCUGCUGAAUCUCUCCUCGCACGCCUCUCGAUCAUCGUACUCGGGAGGCUAGGAGCCCCUGAACACGAAUUUAAUGCGAAGAGUCCAGUUCAACAGCGGACAGUGUGCUUCACUCUUCUUGCAAGCAGCCUCAUUCUGAGUGUCAAACGUGACAGGAACAGCACAAACCAAAUCUCACUCAAGCAAGAGGACAUCUUACAAGGAAUGGUUACAGUACAUGGAAACAAUGGCUCAGACCGCACUCAGUCGAUGGUUGAGCGUGCUGCUUCGUUUCUUGUCAAUCUGUCUCGAUGCUGCGAACAGAGCUUGCACAUGGACAGUCAAUCCUAUCUGGAAAGCCUUGUCCGAUCACUUAUGGAAGACCCUCAAGAUGGCUCCCAUACGACCAAGACGUUCUUAAAACAAUGGGCAAUGGAGAGUUCAUUGCUCUCUGCCAAGACCUCUGCCACACAAAGGAGCCGACACUUCUUGAGCGACGUUGAGGCUGCCAUGGCACAACAAAAGCCUCUGAGUGACCAGACCACAGCCAUUGCCUCGCACUCCAUGGAUGCUCACGUUGCAGAACAAGGACUACGAUGGGAAGAAGGUCUGUGUGAGUGGAUUGUCGCAUCACCGUUACGCACGAGGAAGGCCCAGAGAAUUACUGCUAUGGCAACCAGGAGCCACUCAAAUUCUUCUUCUUCUGAUCAAGACAGUGACCUGGACGACAGCGGCUACCUCAGCGAAGUCAAGGAAACACCGACACCCCAACGCAAGGUCAUCAGCAUAUCGGCCAUGCUAGCGUCACCGGAUGUGCUAGGUUUUGAUUCUGAGACGCCCUACUACCCCAAAAUUGAUCUCGAGGCACACAGAGCUACAAUCAAGUCACAAGGUGCAUCUCCAGCCAGGCAAUCUCCACAGCCUCUCGCUCCUCAGAGCAGAGCUUCAGAUGCAGUCCAAACUGUUGCCAAACCUCUGAAGACUGGUGGUCAGAUUACUGUGUCUGAAAAGACAUUGGAGAUAGUGGAAAGGCCAGCGAAGAGGAGAAAAGGCCAGGCCACGAUAGUGAUAAAGCCAAAAGUCGCAUCCACGGGUUUGAGAGCAGCCCAGCAAGCAUCUCGAUCUCCAGAAAAAGACUAUACCCAAGAGGAACGAUCCGAUUCGUCCGAGAGUGAGAUUGAUGAGCUGGCCAUGAGUUGCUCCAAGCCAAGGCAGAAGGUACCAGUUGCCAGGAAAGCAGUGCCACCAAAAUCCCUCAGUAAGAUCUCACUUCCAACCAAACGAGCCAGCGAUCAGUUUGUAGAUAUCAGCGAUGAUGAGUUGGGCUUUUGA